AAAUAUGGAAUGCUUUCACUUGCUUUCUCUCCAAAAAAAACUUGCUUUCACUUGCCAUCAUCUUCCCCAAAUAAAAUCAAACACUAAAAAUUAGGGUUUCAAAACUUCUUUAAUUUCAAUGGACGAUUACAACUUCGACGAGUUCUACGACUACAAUCGCCACCCUAACUCCACGACGUUGUCUUGGUCCUCCGACAAUCCCCGUGCUCACCACUAUCAUCACAACCAGAACAUGAAUUAUUACCCGGAACACGACCCCUUUGGCGGCCCCGGUGGCUUCAAUUUCCCUCCCCAUCCCCGUAAAAGACCACAUUUCAGUUCCGGUUGUGGUGAAGGCGGUUCUGUUGCCAAGCUUUACGUAGGAGGGACACCGAGAAAUGCUACUGAACACGAUAUACGCGCCGUGUUUGGAGAACAUGGAAAUAUCAUUGAGGUUGUUUUUCUCAGGGACAAAAGAACUGGCAUGCAACAAGGAUCUUGUUUUGUAAAAUUUUCAAGGUUUGAGGAUGCUGAUCGGGCGAUAGAAGUUUUAGACAACCAAUACACGUUUUCAGGGGAAAUGGCCCCUAUCAAAGUUAGAUAUGCGGAUGAUAAAGAACGGAGACGCCCGGCCUCUAACUUUGGGACAUAUACAUUCAAACUGUAUGUUGGUGGUUUGAACAAGCAAGCAUGCAAAAGGGAAAUUGGAGAAAUAUUCUCCCCAUUUGGUCUUAUUGAAGAUGUCUUCAUAGCGCUCGAUGAAUUCAAGCAAAGCCGUGGAUAUGCAUUUGUUCAGUUUUCACACAGGGAUAUGGCCGUUGCUGCAAUUAAUGCAUUACAUGGAACAUAUAUAAUGAGAGGUUGUGACCAGCCACUAAUUGUUCGAUUUGCAGAUCCUAAAAGGCCAAAAACUGAAGACUCAAGGCCGGUACAAUCUUUUAAAGAUAUUCCAAAUCGGUGCAGACAGCCCACUUCAUCACCUCAGGUCUCAACUUCAAUGGGGUAUCAUGCUUCUCCUGAGCCCUUCAGCAACGACCCAGAAGAUUCUAUAGAUUGUGAUUGGAGUGAGCAUGUUUGUCCAGAUGGAUACUUGUACUACUACAAUUGUGCAACUUGUGAGAGCCGGUGGGAGAAACCUGAGGAAUAUUUGUUUUAUGAACAACAAUUGCAAAAGGGCCUGGAGCAAGGAAAUUCACAGCGUAAACAACCGUACAUGCCAUGUUCUCAGAUUCAUCCAACUGAUCAAGGUUUUCAAAUGCAACAGGUUUAGCUUCAAAUGUAGCUUACAUAUUGAAAAAUUAUAUCAAAUCACGUAGCGUUACUGGUCAGUCUACUUUCCUUUUCUGUACUGUGUAGCAUAUUAUAUAUAGUCGUGGAAUUAAUUUGUGCAUCACUUAAAGUUGCCAUUUUAUAUUCUACUUUUUCGCUGAACCGGCUCAGAGAUGUUCAGAUACACUGUUAUCUUAUUAGUAUCAAGUGUUUCUGUUUUUGUCGGAAAGAAUGCUUCUGAAAUACAAAUUUAUAGUGCCGGGUAUAUUAAAGUAAGCAGGAGGAAAUAGUUUUUUCC